CAUUUCUGUUUUUCAAAGCAUAGGAAAAAAAAAGUUUCACAAGCGUGAAUUUGGACGUGUAGGUCUAUGGUGUAGGUUGCAAUGUAAGUUUGCAGGGUAAACAACUCGAUUCUUUUUCAAGAAAUUGUGUUUUUUUAUUCACAUUGAUUUACCUAAUACCUUGGCAGCCACAAAAGUUGUCUAAUGUGGCUACACAUAUUUUGCUAUAUUAUGUCUACACCAAGAACAUCAAAAUGUAUAUUCAGUCAAUACUGAUCCCUUGUGUUGCGUUGUUCUUACUUGAUUUUGUCUGCGCUGAUACAAUCCAACAAACACGUUUCAUGGUGACAAAGGGACAUAAACUUUCCCAAGGGACACAACUCAAGAGAAUUAAUUCUACAAAUAUCAGUUUAGCUUUAUGUGCUUCAAUCUGCACAAGCGAAUGCGGCAGCGCCACCUUCAGCGUCAGACAUAAGACUUGCAUCACAUUCAGAGACAAGUUCUACAACUUUUCCAUGAUUUGGACUCAAGACCCAGACUGGCUUGUGUUAUUCAGAGAUGAAGCAAUUCAGUACGGUGGCUGGACACUGGUUUUCAGAGCCCAGAACCACAUCAACGUCUCCAUGUACCACACGUGGACAAACAAUGGUCAACACGAUGACAACCCACUGACCAGUAGCUCAUUAAACGGAUGUUACAGACUGGACAAUUUAGGGGGAUGCAAGAAACACUUCAGGAGUUCUAUUCUGGACAGCUGGACCGCGGUCAAAAAGGUAAAGCUUUCUGUUUAUGUCAAUGGGUCAGAGGUCAACUACAUAGAGUUUCAAGGAGCCUCUACUUCCAGAGAGACUUGGUUUAAACAGGCUUUAAUCUCCAACUCUUCCUGGUCGAACAUAAUGACAGACUCAUCUGUAAAUUACUUCAGUCUACAAGGGUAUGCUCAAGGUGGUCAUGCAAGAAGAUUUAUCAUAUUUGGUGGCCAUGGGACAUGCUCAUUGGAAACUACCUACUUUUUGGCAGUUGAUCAGGCUUCGGAUGAUUGUUUAGAAAACUGGAAAGUGCCUGCUGGUAGCUACCCCAUCUUCAUUGCCUCUAGAGCUAAAGGCAUGAUUCAAAUUAGUUUAAGAGAUUACGCCCUUGCUGAUGUCAUGGCUGUAUUUGUCAAGUUUUAACUAGCCUAGAAAUUAGAGUGCAUAAACUUGAAACAUUUGGCCGUCAAGCUAGCAAUAAUGAGUUUGUACAGAUGAUUUCCUUAUGAGUUUGUACAGAUGACUUCCUUAAUAAUGACAGGAUAAAAAAAUACUUAUUUAGUUGUAAUUAAGAGUAAAUGUUGAUGACCAUGAGAUGUGUGUUGAAAUAAUGUGUAAAUCUUUUCUUGAAACACACACUAGUAGUAGAUGGUGCGUACCAGAGCGCUUUACACAAGUCUUGAACAGAUCUAAGAGAAAGAUGUUCAUGUUCACAUUGUGGAGAAGACAAUAGACUCUCAAUAAAGUUCCGCCUAAGUCUAAAACCUUGGGUAGAAACCGUGAUACCUUGUUAUUAUGUAGUUGUGAUGUCCUGUGUAUGUCACCAAUACUGUCUCAAUGGCGCUAUUAGCUUGUCAUGAAAGUAGAAUUCCUUGAUAAAGAUAUGGAACAUAAUAGUAGACUUAUAUUCAAAUGAAGCUUCAAUUAAAACAAAACAUAUUUUUUGUAAAAGUGAAGUAUUUUUAAACAAUCAAGAGCAAUAAGGUUAAAGGUUACUGCUGAAGACCUGUUAUAUCUUCAGAACAUUUAUCAGUAGACACUUCUAAGAAAACUAUAAUUGAUUUUGUUUCCCUUUCUAUUAAUGAAUAUCGAUCCUGACGGUUCUGAAGAAGUUCAAAUACAUUGUAAAUUAAUAAUAAUAAUAGUAAUUAUACAAAAAUCUAUUUAAUAAUACCAACAAUCCUAAAAAAGUAAGUAAAGAAAUGUUUUGGCUGUGAGUAGAGACUUAAAGUCUGUCAAUCUCAAGGGGCUAAAAACUACAAUAUUAUUUCUGGUCUUAAUAAGGGCCGACAACUCGUGAAACAAGGAUUUUUACUUUCAUUUAGUUAAACAGCUGAUAGCGAGUGAGUGUAGAUGAAGGGGGAGAUAAAAAUUUUCUCACUAUAUGUUAUUAUAUGUCACUAUUAAGACUUGAGAUUCUAGAACAGGGGUUCUCAACCUGUGGAUCGCGACCCCUUUGGGGGUCGAUUGACGAU